AUGGCUAACGAUAAUAGUGAUAUACAUGGAUAUUCAAAAGAUAGAAGAAAAUAUCAUACAGAGAUAUCAAGUAAACCAGUAACAACAUUAAAAACGAAACGAACAUUAGAUAAUUCGUAUUCAAAUCGAGACCGUCCAGAGAUUAUAACUUUCUUGACUAUAGCAAAUAACGAUUUCAAUCAUCAGAAAGAACGAAUCUAUCAGUCAGUUAAAAAUGAUAAAAACCAUUUUAAUAUGAUUAAUUAUCCAAUACAAUGUCCAAUACCUGUGCCAGUUUUAAAUGAUCUAACAUUAGAAGAUGAUAAUAAUAAACAAGACAAGGUACCAAUGUUUCCACCACUUACACCAAAAUCUGCCACGAUGAAAAAACCGUUUUUAACUUCAAUGCCAAAAAUAGAACCAUCAAUGAAUUCUAUUUCAUCCGGAUCGAAAGAGCCCGUAAAAAUGGAAAUGCCAUAUAUUUCAAAAACUCGAAAACAGAAAGUUCAUUAA